AUGGCCCCAAUCGCCAUAGAGCCUAUUAUCAUAGUUCCAGCGACCACGAAUGGCGCUGUCGACGGGAUUGAUGUACAGACGGAAAACCAACCUUCAAUGGAGUCACAGUCAAAAUCGACCUUACCUCCACGGGGAUAUCACUGGAGGGUAACCCUAGAGGACAAAGUCAUUGCCAUCACUGGUGCCAACCGAGGAAUCGGCCUCGGUAUCGCUGAAGUCUGUCUCGCGAAUGCUGCCUCUACCGUGUAUUCGCUGGAUCUCCUCGAGCCUAGCGAAGAAUUCGAAUCCAUCCAAAAAGCCAAUCCGGGCCGACUACGAUACAUCCACUGCGACGUAACGAACGAAAUUAGCAUCACCAAUGCCAUCGACGCUAUCGUGUCGGACGCGGGCCGCAUCGACGGCCUCGUGGCUAACGCCGGCAUGACGAAGCAUCAACCAGCACUCGACUUCGACAGACCCCAGCUUGAAAAAUUGUUCAACCUCAACGUGUUCGGAGCAUAUUUCUGCGCAACCAUCGUUGCGAAGAAAUUCAUUGAGCUCGGAAUCAAGGGAUCCAUUGUCUUCACGGCUUCGAUGACGUCCCACAGGCCCAAUCGCGCAGCUCCUUCAGCACCCUACGGUGCAACCAAGGCUGCUGUGCGGAACAUAACGCAUACUUUGGCGAUGGAGUGGGCGGAACAUGGCAUUAGGGUCAACAGUAUCAGCCCAGGUUUCGUCAAGACUGCAAUGACUUACUUCGUGGACCAGUCGCCCGACUGGGCUUUGAAGACGAAGUAUUACGGCGGCAUGCCCCGGUUGGCGGAGCCAAAGGAGUUGGGUGGAGCGUAUGUCUAUUUGCUCAGUGAUGCCGCCAGUUACACGACAGGAAUAGAUAUUCCUGUUGCGGGUAUUGUGGGCGCUUGGUAG